CAUUAGUCAGUGUUGCGUUCUGAGAGUAUAAGAAUUUCUCGGUUAUAUAACAUUCAUACACUAGAAUUUUUAUUUUAUCAUUUGUUAACAUAUAAUUAUUGUCAAAUUCAAACUUAUGGAAGAUGGUCGAUCGUGGGGAACCUCGACUAAUUAAUCGAAGACGUCGUCGUCCUGCAUUAAGCUCGAUAGAGUCCUUACCAGAUAGGAUAUUUGAUAAUCAUCGAUUUCGUUAUGGAAGAAAAUUAAAAGAUGGUAAACGUCGCUUAAUCUGUUCUAACGCUGAGUCAGAUGCUUGUGGUGCACAAGGUACCUUAACUCCGCCAGACGAUUUUGCAUAUGUUCAGAACAAAAGAGAACACACCCAUGAACCAGAUGAGGAUGCCAAUCGGAAAGCUACAUUUUUAUGUGCUUUAUAUACUGCCACAGUGAAACAGUUCAGAAAAUUAGAAAAAGUAUAUUCCGAUAUAGCACUUUUAAAUCAAGAGAGUGCCCAUGAUCUCACAUUUGAAGCGGUAAAAUUCAAAAUGCAAUCAUGGCGACAACAUCGAAAAUUCCCAAUUUUACACACUGUCAGCGAUUUUGACGAGACAUUGAAAACGGAAGUCUACGAAAAUAUAUGUCGUCAUAAUGAGGGAAAAAUUGAAGUUGAAUUCUUACAGGAUGUUCAAAAUGAGUAUACACAUAUUAUGUUUGCGGAUAAAGAGUUAAUGAAUAAAUUACCAAUUGAUAAACUUCUCGUUCAAUCUACUGUGAAAAUACUCCCUGACAAUUUAGACGCUGUACAACUAAUAAGUAUUUCAACACAUUUUGCUGAUCAUAUUUUUCCAAUUGCUUGGAUUCCAGUCAUGGUCAAAACUACAGAUAGCUGUCGUGAAUUAAUGGAAAAAUUACAAUUAUUAAAACCAAAUUGGCAACCAGCAAAAAUUUUACAUGAUUUUGAUGACGACUUAUGUAAAUCUUUUGCGGAACAAUUUCCAAAUGCAAUCCAAAGAGGAACAUUUUCAUCUCAUUGUAUGAUAAUGAUGGAAAAGGCAGAUCAAUUCAACUUAAAUAUUAGAGAUGGUCCUACCGCUUUAAUUUUAUCAAAAAUUAUUGCAUUAAGCCUUUUACCUGCCCAAAAAAUUAAGAACAAUUUUUGUUUAGUGGUACAGUCGUUAGAUAAUGUACAGCGCGAAACGUUUAGAGCUUUAUUGCAAUAUUAUGUCACCCAUUGGAUUAAUGGAGUAGGUGUAAAUAAUUACAGCUUCUUUAAGAAAAAAUACAGCUUACUAAACAAUUCUCAAAUGAUUAUUAGACAUAUGAACAAUCAUUUGCAAAACGAUCGCACUGGAUGGAAUUUUCUUGAUUAUAGGAGUAAUUUGAAAAAUGAUUUUGAAGGUUGA